AUGGAGGUAAAACCUCCGCCCGGUCGCCCCCAGCCUGACUCCGGCCGUCGCCGCCGGGGGGAGGAGGGCCAUGAUCCAAAGGAACCAGAGCAGUUGAGAAAACUGUUUAUUGGUGGUCUGAGCUUUGAAACUACAGAUGAUAGUUUAAGAGAACAUUUUGAGAAAUGGGGCACACUCACAGAUUGUGUGGUAAUGAGAGACCCCCAAACAAAACGUUCUAGGGGCUUUGGUUUUGUGACUUAUUCUUGUGUUGAAGAGGUGGAUGCAGCAAUGUGUGCUCGACCACACAAGGUUGAUGGGUGUGUAGUGGAACCAAAGAGAGCUGUUUCUAGAGAGGAUUCUGUAAAGCCUGGUGCCCAUCUAACAGUGAAGAAAAUUUUUGUUGGUGGUAUUAAAGAAGAUACAGAAGAAUAUAAUUUGAGAGACUACUUUGAAAAGUAUUGCAAGAUUGAAACCAUAGAAGUUAUGGAAGACAGGCAGAGUGGAAAAAAGAGAGGAUUUGCUUUUGUAACUUUUGAUGAUCAUGAUACAGUUGAUAAAAUUGUUGUUCAGAAAUACCACACUAUUAAUGGGCAUAAUUGUGAAGUGAAAAAGGCCCUUUCUAAACAAGAGAUGCAGUCUGCUGGAUCACAGAGAGAUCGUGGAGGUGGAUCUGGCAAUUUUAUGGGUCGUGGAGGAAACUUUGGAGGUGGUGGAGGUAAUUUUGGCCGUGGUGGAAACUUUGGUGGAAGAGGAGGCUAUGAUGGUGGAGGUGGUGGUAGCAGAGGUAGUUAUGGAGGAGGUGAUGGUGGAUAUAAUGGAUUUGGAGGUGAUGGUGGCAACUAUGGCGGUGGUCCUGGUUAUAGUAGUAGAGGGGGCUAUGGUGGUGGUGGACCAGGAUAUGGAAACCAAGGUGGAUAUGGUGGCGGUGGUGGAGGAUAUGAUGGUUACAAUGAAGGAGGAAAUUUUGGCGUUGGUAACUAUGGUGGUGGUGGGAACUAUAAUGAUUUUGGAAAUUAUAGUGGACAACAGCAGUCAAAUUAUGGACCCAUGAAAGGGGGCAGUUUUGGUGGAAGAAGCUCGGGCAGUCCCUAUGGUGGUGGUUAUGGAUCUGGUGGUGGAAGUGGUGGAUAUGGUAGCAGAAGGUUCUAAAAACAGCAGAAAAGGGCUACAGUUCUUAGCAGGAGGGAGAGCGAGUUGUUGUCAGGAAAGCUGCAGGUUACUUUGAGACAGUCGUCCCAAAUGCAUUAGAGGAACUGUAAAAAUCUGCCACAGAAGGAACGAUGAUCCAUAGUCAGAAAAGUUACUGCAGCUUGAACAGGAAACCCUUCUUGUUCAGGACUGUCAUAGCCACAGUUUGCAAAAAGUGCAGCUAUUGAUUAAUGCAAUGUAGUGUCAAUUAGAUGUACAUUCCUGAGGUCUUUUAUCUGUUGUAGCUUUGUCUUUUUCUUUUUCUUUUCAUUACAUCAGGUAUAUUGCCCUGUAAAUUGUGGUAGUGGUACCAGGAACAAAAAACAAACCCAAUCCUCUUGCUAGUAUUGUAACUAAUAGAAUUCCUUACUGUCAUCUAAUACUCAUUCUAUAUUUGAGUUUCUCUAAUUUUUCUCAAAAAAGUCUUUAUAGCUGGUUUGUGAGAAGCAGGAUUCAAACAAGGCUUACACAGUUUUUUUGACGUUUAGUCCUAUACCACAGUCUAUGUAAUCUGCUUCCCCCCUUUCAAAAUUUUAUGUCAUAAAUAUGUAUUUGGAUCAGUAGUUGUAUUAUAAUAUUAGAUUGAAGCUUAGUGUUUUUUGAAGGCAGUUCUUCAUAUGUGGUGGUACUGUUUCAUAUUAUAUUACAUUAUGAGUCAUAUAAUGUCUUACUCCACUAUUAGGAUGAUGUCACAUUUUAAAUAACAAAAUAAUUUAGGAAUUCUAGGCCAGGUGUGGUGACCCAUGCCUAUAAUCCCAGCAGUUAGGGAGGCCGUGGUGGAAGGAUUACUUGAGCUCAGGAGUUCAAGAUAGGCCUGGGCAACAUAGUGAGACCCCAUCUGUACCACACACACAUGCACACAAAAUUUAGCCAGGCCCGGUGGCACCUGUGGUCCCAGUUACUCAGAAGGCUGAGAUGUGAGGUUCCCUUGAGCCUGGGAGGUCAAGGCUACAGUGAACCCUGAUUACGUCACUGUGCUCCAUGUUGGGCAACAGAGCAAGACCCUGUCUCUU